UAAAAGCAGUACCUAAUUGGAUAUUAGUUAUCAUGGUUGGGGCACCGUAGCUCACUGAUAUUUCCAAGUAUUUGACGGCAGAGGUGCUCGCCAGGGCGUUCAGAGUGAAGACUGCUAGUGAUGACAGUGUGAGGUCUGUGGAGGUGACCAGGGCGGCCGCGGCUGGUGAGGGCCUCAUCAGCGCGGUCUGGCGGAUCCACGUCCAGGGAGACUCCCACAAAGCAACCUUCGUAGUCAAAGCCCUCAUCUCCAAUCUCCUACUAAGAAAAAGCCUCGAUUGCCACAAGUAUUUCCAACGAGAAGCUCUAUUCUUCUGCGAAAUACUCCCAGUACUUAUUGCUCUCCAGAAGUCUUUGGGUGCUAAAGAAAAACUGCAAGAAAACUUUCCGAUGUGCUACAGCUGUCACUGCGACGGUGAAAAUGAUUACAUUCUCAUGGAAGAUAUGUCGGAAUACGGCUGCGAGGGAAUGGCAGAGAAUCCUAGUUUGUCUGAACGAGAUAUGACGUUGAAAGUGCUGGCCCAUCUCCACGCGACCUCCAUGGCCUUGCGCGUCAAAAACCCCGACUUGUUCCAAAGAAUCGCAGAGAGCAUCCCCGAGAUGUACUACAGAGAAACCCGUAGAGAAUACUACUCAAAAUAUCUGCAGAACGCCAUAGAGAUAGAUCGAGUAGCUCUCGCAGAAUACGAGGACCCGAAAACGAGUGUGUAUUACAAAAAGUUCGAUGAGUUGUCUUCAAACGACGUCUAUAGCCAGUUGCAAAGUCUGACAUCUCCUGACAGCAGCAGGCAUAACGCGAUCAACCACGGGGACGCGUGGUGCCCCAACUUCCUGGUGUCCAAAGACCGCUGCGUGGCGGUAGACUUCCAGCUAGCGCGGUGCGCGUCGCCGGCCACCGACCUCACCUACUUCAUCAUGAGUGCCGACCUCUGCAAAACAACCACAGAGUUCACGGAAGCAGUCCAAGUAUAUCACUCUGCUUUAUCGUAUUACUUAGAAGACAUGGGUCUCAAAGCCGAAGAAGUGUACUCUUAUAAAAACCUUCAGGAGGAGUUGGCUAAAUACGGCAAGUUCGGUGUUUUGGCGUGUCUGACCACGAUUGCGCUGCGAGCCAGCGACGAGCGGUGUGACGUGCUGACCAGCGAGUCCUUCGAAGUGAACUACGCUGGUGCUGACGUCAUACCGCUGGAACAUCUCUGGAAAUUAAAGCCCUUGGUGGAAGAGGAACAUAAGCUACGUUUACUCCACGUCAUACGGACGGCGGUAGAUCUAUCUCUCAUCUAAAAUAGGCACAGUCAUCCUGGCUGUCGACAAAAAAGUACAGAUUAUAAAUGGAAUAAUGAACUUUUUUAUAUUUUUUGUUUUAAUUACGAAGGUUUGGUAUACGAGUAAUCAUAACAAGUAUAGUGGGGGACUAUUUUAUUAAAAUUUGUUAUUAUUUUAUGAAACUUUCAAUUAACUUUUUUAUCUGUAGGUACUUGUUACCUACCGCACACUGGCUAGACUAGUUUAUAAUUUCAUGUUACAAACGAUACAAUUAUAAUUAUUAGGCAAUAUGAAAUUAAAAUUUAAUGUUGUUAUUUU